AUGUCCAUCAGGACUACAGCCAGGGAGGCAGUGAGGUCCUAUCAGGACCAAGCCCUCAUUGCCACCAUCUUUCUGCUGCGGUCCUAUGGCCCGGCUGCGUUUCUUCUCCAAGAGGAGGUAGAGGGAAGAAACUUUAAGGUGUGCCUGGGCGAGCAGCAUUCAUGCACCUAUCCCACCUUCAGCAAGAAGCGGGAAAUGUGUAAACACAUCUGCUGGCUUUUACUGAAGAAAUUCAGGCUACCCAGAGAGCAUAUGCAUUUAAACCCGGAUUGCCAGAACCUUCCAGAUCAGAAGGUUGGAAGCGUCUGCCGGAAAGUGAUUCAGGCCUAGGAUGUGUGUCCGAUCUGUCAGGAGGGGCUUCUGCAGAAAAAACAGCCGGUGUCGCACUGCAGGUUCGGCUGUGGUAACUGCAUCCACAUCUCCUGCAUGAAGGUGUGGGCCGACCACCAAAGGCUGGCAGACAGUAAGGAGAUAGUGAAGUGCCCCAUGUGUAGGGGAAACUUCAGCUCCCUGCAGCUGCUUCAGGAGCAAAGCAAGAAUGCAGCCAAGCUCUUUACUGCAGCUGAAAGAGAGAAUCUAGAUAAACACCUGGGAGCGGUGUGCUUCAGCUGCAGAGGCUGCCCCAUCACUGGAGCCUGUUUCAGAUGCACCAUCUGCAGUUUUUUGUAUCUCUGCGAGAACUGCGUAAAGAAUGGCUGCCACUCACAACAUCCACUUGCCUCAAUAACGACCAGAAAGGAAAAGUGGAUUCUUGUGGAUGCAGCCUCCUCUGAAAAUCCCAAACCACAAGAUGAAAGCACUGUUGCAGAGGCCUUUUCAGCUGAAAUGUUGAAGCGACUGCCAGUAGUGAAAGUGAGGUCAGGCUCUCAGCUGCUGAAUGAAGGGCUGCAGUGUCGGAUCUGCCUGCAGGGGUUUAUCCAGGGUCAAAAGGUCCGAACUCUGCCCUGUAAACACAAGUUUCACGUGAACUGUGUCGACCAGAUCCUUCUGAGGUCGAACUCCUGUCCUUUGGAUGGAUUCAUCAUUUUCAGUGGGGGAAGAAUCAAGAGAAACACGUCUUCUAAGUUCCUCUGCGCUAAGCAGAAGUAAAAUGACUUUAAGGACCUGGUCAUCCCUGGGAUAUCAUUGCUGACUCAAAGUGCUAAACCCUCUCCUGCAUGUGGAGCUCUUAAAGCGGAUGUUCUAAUGGAUACCUCAUCUUUUAGUGGUCUUGGACAGAAAGAGACAAGCGACGACAUGGUUGCAAAGCAAACAAAUGUGCAUCUCAAAGACAAGGAAAAGGCUGCUAUUAGAGAGAGAACAUCAGCCGAUAUGGAGCUGAGGAUGACUGGAGUUUCAAUAAAAACCAAGCA